GUAUUAUUUAAUUUUAAUAUCUAAUAUGGACUCAUCAACUACAACAAGACGUCUUUAACAUCUAUCAAGACAUUUUAAACCAUCUAAUAUUAAUACACCUCCUGUUCGUGUUACUGUUACAGGGGCUGCUGGAAAUAUUGGAUAUGCCCUUGUUCAUAUGAUUGGAUAAGGUAGACUUCUUGGACCAAAUUAAUAAAUUAUAUUAACACUUCUUGAAUUACCUAUGGCUAAAGAUUAAUUGGAAGGUACUAUGAUGGAACUUAGAGAUUGUGCAUUCCCUAUAUUAAAAGAAAUUAAAGGAACAACAUAAUAUGAUUAAGGCUUCAUGGGUUGUGAUAUUGCUAUAUUAGUUGGAGCUAAACCAAGAGGACCAGGUAUGGAAAGAAAAGAUUUACUUGCUGCUAAUGCACGUAUCUUUAAAGAAUAAGGAGAAGCAUUAGAUAAAUAUGCUAGCAAAAAUGUUAAAGUAUUAGUUGUAGGAAAUCCAGCUAAUACAAAUGCUUUAAUUACUGCUCAUUUUGCACCUAGUAUACCUAAAACUAACUUUACUGCUCUCACUCGUCUAGACUAAAAUAGAGCAUAAUCUAUUAUUGCUCAAAGAGUUAGUGCUAAUGUUGAAGAUGUCAGAAAUAUUAUAAUCUGGGGAAAUCAUAGCACUACUCAAUUUGCUGAUGUUAGUUAAGCAACUGUUUAAUAAAAUGGAAUCUCAUAAACGUAUACCAUUUAUAUAUAUCCAUAGUGUACGAGGACUUGUUGCUGAUGAUACUUGGCUUCAAAAGGCUUUUGUUGAAUAAGUUGCCAAAAGAGGUGGAGCUAUCAUUGAAAAAAGAAAAGCUUCCUCUGCUGCAUCCGCUGCAAGUGCUGUUUGUGAUCAUAUUCAUGAUUGGCUUAUUGGAACUGAUAAUGGGUACUUUAUUCAUUUAAUUUCUUAGAACAUUUGUCUCUAUGGGUGUUAUUACUGAUGGAAAAUUAUAUGGAAUCAAAGAAUAAGUCUGUUUCUCAUUCCCAUGUGUUUGCAAAGAUGGAAAUAUCAAAGUGCUUGAAGGAUUUUAAUGGGAUCAAUUCUAACAAUCCAUGAUCAAUAAGACUUUAAAAGAAUUAUUAGAAGAAAAAGAAAUGGCUAUGUCUGUUGUUGUUUCUAAAUGAAUUUAUUG